GCGUAUUUGCGCGACGCCAUUUCGUGCCUCGUCUGUUGGUCGGUGUCUGCUGCACGCGCUGGUACGGACUGUAUCCACAAAACAGUACAGCACCGAAUUUUAAUCAUUUUUAGUCUUAAACUCCCGCAUUUUUGAGCCACAUCAAUCCAAUCAGGCAGACAGACGACUCGACCUGAAAUACAGACAGAAUGGAACAUUCCCCAACCACCAGCAGCCUGAUGGCCAGCAACGUCACCAACAAGACCGAUCCGCGUUCGCUGAACUCCCGGGUCUUCAUCGGGAACCUCAACACCAUGCUGGUGACCAAGGCUGAUGUGGAGGCCAUCUUCAGUAAGUACGGGAAGAUCGUGGGUUGCUCUGUGCACAAAGGUUUCGCCUUCGUCCAGUACGCCAACGAGAGGAACGCCAGAGCUGCAGUCGCUGGUGAAGAUGGGCGGAUGAUCGUCGGACAGGUGCUCGAUAUAAAUCUGGCUGGGGAGCCAAAACCCCAUCGGCCAAACACUACUAAGCGCUCUGCAGGAGAUAUGUACAGUCCUUCAUAUGAUCUGGACUAUGACUUUCAGAGAGAUUACUAUGACAGGAUGUACUCGUACCCGUCUCGUGUCCCCCCUCCUCCUCCUCCUCCGCUCUCAAGGCCGGUGAUUCCCUCCAAACGUGCGCGAGUGAGCGUGAGCGGUGGCAGCCGCAGGACCAAGAGCAGCUUCUCCUCUAAGAGCAGCCAGCGCACGUCCCGCACCAUGAGAGUUGAUGAUCUACAGACCAUUAAGAAGGAACUGACUCAGAUUAAACACAAAGUGGACUAUCUGCUGGAGAGCCUGGAGCGCAUGGAGAGAGACCACAGCAAGAAAUCAGAGGUGAAGAGCUCUAAACCAGAUGAAGUCUCACCACAGCACUCCAGCAGCAAGAAAGAGCGCGAGAGCUCAGAAAUGAACGACUAUGAGGACGAGGGAGACCUACUAGAGGAAGAGGAGAUCAAGAGUCGAGGAAGGGAGGAUGAUGAUGAAGAAGAGGAAGGUGAGCAGGAGGAAGGAGAGGACGAUGGGGACAGCGCCAACGGAGACCAUUCUUAAACACUGCAGACACAGACACGCAUGCAUGCUCACCGUGAGAUGUAGAGUAGAUCCUCUGACCUUCAACGCACACUUAGUUUUAUUUUAGAAGUCCAGAGCAAUAACUAAGACUCUGUGGAUCAUGAAAAUGACACUUUUUAGAGAAGCCGCGUAAACCCCUGACUCGAGCCAGCUUUCCAUGAGAUCUUGUAUUUCUUGAAUUUAAAACUGUUGAAUGCUCUAGGUUUGAGAAAAUACUUUAGAUUGCAUUGAAAUAAAUCUCCUUCAUUGGUGUGACAUUGAACAAGUUUGCUGACAAGCCGUUUUAAAGACUGGGAACCCAACAGCUUGAUUGUGUUUGUGGAAAUUUGGAGGUUGAACCACUUAGAAGUGCUACGAUUGGAUUUGACCAAACUAUCAGUUAUAGGCUGUGCUUAGAUGAAGACAUAAGUUACCAGUUUCAAAACUUUUCAACCCCUUAAAGGCUAGCUCAGUAUUUGUCAAUGAUAAUUACCAUCCUGAACGACUAAUGUAGGUUUACCGUGUGGUUUAGUGAUUGACACGUUGAUGAGCCAAUCAGAAUGCAUCAAAUUUGGACAUUAGCGCUCUUAAAGAGACCCUAACUUGUACGUUCAACCUUGCUAAUUGGUUUGCACCAACCGUACGCUGCCAGUAUAAACAAAUUGGAUUGUCAAGCCAUUCCUUUCCCACUUCUGGCAGGUUCAGGUUCUUCUUCUCUGGUGUUUUCUGCUGCUAUGUUCUUGAGGUCAUUCACUCUUUAAAACAGCUUGUGCAGAUUGAAAUUGCACAGAUGCGCUCAAAUACGUCUGUCUUCACCAACGCUUUCCAUGAUUCUUCUAGUUGUGUGACCCUUCUGUGCAGAUUUCUGAUCUUAAAUGCUUGUUGUCGUUGUCUACUCCUACAUAUGAGCAACAAACAACCCUAACAAACUGAACCCAAUUGUUCUUAUGUGUGCGCUGGUUCAGCCACAGCAAUGCUCUUCUAGGACUUGUUUUGGGAAUAAAUGUAGAGUUACUCAUCCUGACCAGUGGGUGGCAGUGUGGCCCCGUUCUGUUAUUUAACCUCACAGAAAUACUGUUUGUUUGAUUGAACUGUUUUAUAUUCCGUAUGUGGUCACUGAGUGUGUGAGAAUAAGUUUGGAUUGUACAGUCAAUGUAAUUUUACCCGUGUGUUUGUAUCUGUGUGCAGUGACACUAAGAGCCGAGUUUGCUUCUGGUAAAUACUACAUGUGUUUGUAGC